GUUACAUAAUCUUUUUAUCUGCCGUAUAUAUUCUACAGAUGCAGAUCAAGUUGUACACCAGGAAAUAUGGAAUCCGUGGCCUGUGUACAAGUCAAGCAAAGAGCAGUUGGUUGGUCCAGGAAUCUGCGGAAAGGACGUAAAGGGUGGAGGGAGGGCGAAAUUCCAAUCGGCCCAAUCCUGACCAUCCAUGCCAAUAUCUGUUGCGUAUCGCAACUUUGUUCUGAUACCCGCAUGCACCGAUGAUAGCAAUCUUGUCUCUUUGUUUUCGUCCUCCUUUGAAGUUUUCUGUACCUACUCCACUAUUGAGACUCGAGAGAAACCACCGCCUAUCGGCGACAAAUAACAGUGCAAAAUUCUUAAUCUGUAGAGUCCUUCUGUCGUGCAUUUUCUGAUUUCCUGCACUCCCCAGUCCCCAUGUGCUGAUGUUCCAUCUCUUAUCUUUCUAACCUAGAAUUUCACGUAUCCCCAUCAAACUAAUCUGACUGUGACUUCAGAAGGGGUGGGAUGAAUAAGAGGAUUGUAGGGAUUGCCACACAGGUAAUGGUCAUGGCAAUCAUCAUUUCUAUCAUUUUGCUGUUCAUUGGUAUUGGGGUUUUGGUGUUCAUACAUAUCUGUGUUGUGGGUAGGGCUAUUAGGAGAGGGCUUAGCAAUAUAGGGGCAGACAGGAACAUUGGUGUGCGUGAUGGAAUGAGCAAAGAUGAGCUAGAGAGGCUUCCUUGCUUUCACUAUGGAUGUGUGGGGGAGAAGGGUAGCCCUGUUCCUUGUGCUGUCUGCUUGGAAAGUUUCGAGACGGGUGAUAAAUGUAGAUUGUUGCCUCUUUGCAAACAUAGUUUCCAUGCUGAGUGUGUCGACUUAUGGCUGCUCAAGACGCCAUUUUGUCCCAUAUGCCGGUCGUGCACCCUCUUGAAGGCAGUCGAUGAUUUGGAAUUGGGAAGUGGCAGAGGUCCUGUGAGUGUGGCUGAUGAACUGGGAACUGCUCAACCUAUUGCAAUUGGGAUUCCGGUGAGCCCAGACCCAUCUUCUUUGGCUGUGGCUCCUUUGACUGGUUCUCCUAUUGUUGGCUCCACUCCUCAGGUUUCAACAGUUAAUGAAAUGGUUUCUGCUCCUAAUUCCUGAAUCUACUGUGUGUAGUCUCUUUAUGAUGGCAGGGAUGGUGGAUCUACUCUACUUUUCGUGUAUUUGAUCUCAAGAAAAGUAGAUAUCUUUGUUAUUCUUAACAGUGAUUGGCCCAAAUUGUUACUUUGAUUUUGCUUCUCUUACGGGUUGUUACUCGGGGGCUUCUUCAACAGGCUUGGUAUUUUCAGGUUCUGAUAAGCCAAUGUGAACAGGGCAGUGAAUACAUGAUGAGAUACUAAAUGAAGACAGAAGAGUGCAGUUUAUUUGAGUUUUUAGGAGAUGUCUUCUGUUUAUUGACUGGUUAUACGUGUUUUUUCUCUGUUUUCUUUAAUAUGGUGGCAUUAAACCAUCUUUGCUUCUGUUGAAAGUUCGGACGAAAUUGUUAUAUACGACUAUAUUUUUUCUUACACGUAAAAAAUCUCGAACCUUGUCAGAGUCGAUUGACACCGUACUUUAUGCUGUGAGACAGAGAACAGCUGGAGAAAUCUGGUGAAAUAUAAACAUUCAGCUGGCUCAGGGAUGAACUUAUUUAGCAGUGCUGCUGAUGCUAAUUUGUUUUAUUGUAAUCUCUUAGGCUAUGUCUGAUUCAUUAGAUGCAUAGGUAAACUAAUUAUCUGGAUUCUGGACUAGACUGAAGCUAAGUGUUAGUGUUGUAACACAUAUUCUGUGGCAAAAGAGCUUUUCAUUUUAUCAGGUUUGUUAAGCAUAUUUGGUUCCUUGGUUCACAUUUUAUACUUUUGCCA